GUCCGGGGGGGAGGGACUCGGAUGAGGAGGAGAUGGAGGGCAGCAGACGGCGGUCUUAGUUAAACGUCUUUUCUUAGGCAAUAUGGUGUGUUCGCCUGUGAUUCUCCCGCUGGAGUUUAAUGUAAUUAUGGGAUUACAGUCCUGCGCCUCUAAAGCCGGUAAUAUUUACUACACUGCCGCUCCGGUUCACGGGACCGAUAUAGCCUCAGUUCAAGGAAUCAAAGAAAUAUGAAUUAACUGGAGGUUUCUUACUCGGUAUGUGUUAGAAAGAAGGUUGAAGGAAUUAUCUGGGCUUUUGUUGCGUCUUUUUGGAGUUAAACAAGUGGAAAGAUGAACGUCGAGCGCGUGGAAACGAGGAAAACUUUAUUCCAUUGAAUCAGGUCAUCCCACACAAUAAGGAUUCCUGUAUGUCCUUGGAUAAAACUGCAUUUCUGCAAAAGUUCUGAUCAGUAAAACAACACUGUUUCACCCAGUACUUCGUGGUUAUGUCUCUCUCUGCUUUACCGGAAUGGAAGCAGCUGCUACUGGAGCGAAAGCGAAGAGAGGAGGAGGAGAGAGAGAGACGAGAGAGGGAGGAAGAGGAGCGGCUGGCCAGCAUGCCGGCUUGGAAGCGAGGGAUCAUCCAGAGAAGGAGGGCGAAGCAGGAUGAGGAAAGAGAGAGGGAGAAAGAGAGAGAUGGAGGACAGCAUACUCCAGAUAUCUUGGGCAUUACUGAGGACAUCGUCACGGAGCAGGCGGACAGUAAAGUCACACUUCACCUCCAGACUGAUCAGACUGGGUAUAAAGUGCAAAAACAGAUAUCCAAAGAAACCAUCGGCCCCAUCCAACAGAACCCCUUCAUUCGUUCUGAGAACAGCUUUAGGAGAGAUAACAGAGGGAAGGAGGUGAUUAGAGAUGGAGAGAAUGAAUAUAAAAAGGCCACCAAUAAUAGAGGGAGAGAAAGAAAUAAGGAAAUGGAGAAUUGGAGAGGACGUGAUAGAGAGAUGUGGGUCGAGAAGAUGGGAAGUAAAAGUGAGGGAAGAGAGCGAGACAGAAGCACUGGGAGAGAAAGCAGGGAGGCAGACAGUAGUGUAUCCCUGUUUUCUCCGGUCGUAGGUCUUCGCACAAUCCAAGCAAACAAUAUUAUCAUUAUUGAGAAAGACAAAAAUAGUAAGGAAAAACUGGAUAAGAGAGAAAAUGAGGUUGAGGAUGAACACAAAAGGAUGAGGAUGGAUUUGAGGGAGUUUCUAGCUGGUGGAGGAAGCGUGACGGAAAUUAGGGCUUCGGAAGUAUUGAUCAUCAAACCUCCCGUGACAGACGGGAGAAGGGAAACAGAGACGGCAGGGAUCCCAGAGAGAGGGAGUGAGCGUUUGGAGAAAGAGGGGAUAUGGUCCUCUAUGCGAAUGACGUCGAGGACGGUCAUGCAAAAAGCAGAGAGGAUCCUGAGCCACAAGGACAGGGGGACUCCAGAGUGUAGUGGUCGGGUCAGUCAGCUGCUUAGUAAGUUCGGUGAACACUCAAAACCUCCAAUGCGCUCCAAGAGCAUUGAGUGCUUCAACAAACCAGGCAAGAACCGGGCCAGAUACAGCACAGGAGACCUGUUUGUGCAGGAGGACCAGAGUACGGAGGAGACAGACACGAGUCCAACAUUAAGGGGUGUUCCCAAACGCUCCUUUAGCUUCUCUGACCGUGUGGUUUGUCAACAGGAGACCAGAGAUUGUGAGGAAAAGACAGAUUUUAAGGUGGUGGAGAGGUCGUUCUCCGACCGCAGGGUCAAAACAAGGGUCACCGAUCAAUCAGGAAGUGAACCAAAGGUCACCAGGCGAUGGGGUCGACCCAAACCUGAUGAGGUGAUGCAUGAAAAGAGACAAAAAGAAAGAAGGGUUGAAAAUAAGAGGAACGACUCAGUUCGUGGAGAGACAGAGGAAUGGACUUCAAAUAUAGACGGAGGAGAAGGCUUCACUGUGGCCUCCGUCAAAAUCCCUGAGGGAGUUGCGUUUGCACGACGAGUUCCUAUCAAACAAGAUGGGAGAGAAAGCAGCUCAGAAAGAGAGAUUAAGAAAGUGAGAGAGGAGAAUGAAAGAGAGAUAAUGAAAGAUAAAGAGAUACACAGAGAUAAGAGGCGAGUGGAGGGAGAGACAACGGUAAGACAGAGACCCAUAGAAUUCCAAACCGAGGCCGAAACAGAAUCUGAAAAGAGAUGGAAUCUGGAUGAGGUAACCACUGCAGCUUCAAAACAACCCCAUGGCGUAUAUAUCCCACCCUCUGAUGACAGUACUAUAGAUUUCCUUGCAGAAAUUCAGUGCCAAUGUGUCGACACUCCCUCUGCGGACUCUAGUUGCCCGACUACAGCCUAUGCUGGACAAGCAGCCCUUACCCAACACACAGAAGAACUAGUCUGUAAAAUAGCAAAAGUCCAAUCAGACAGAGAACUCAAGAGGGCAGGGUAUGUGUUUUCACAUGAAGACAUGGAAAGGAUCUCUGGUGAAAUGGGUAGCCAGGAUCAAAAAGAGCAUCAACAGUAUCAAAGCUUUUCAAAACAAACAACUGAGGAAAUACAUUUGACCUCAGAACCCCCAAAACAAACUGUUACACUGGGCCAAAGCAAACUCUGCACACAAGAGGGAGUCACCAUCCCCAGGACUGUAUUUUAUGGAGUCGAUAUAUCAGCAGAAAGAAGGAGGGCGAGUCUCCCUGCUGGGGAUAAACAAGAUGGAGGACAAGUGGAGAGGAGAGGGAGCUGGAAGGCUGGGCGACCUUUGACCCGAGUGGAGUCUCUGAGGGAGAGAAUUCGUCAGCAAGAGAAGGAAAGACGGGAGGAUGACAAAGAAGAGGGCAGCAGAGAAGCAGGAGGAACUGCGAGAGAACAGGAAGAAACCACAUUACAGACUCUCAGACUGUUUGACGUCACACAGGACGUUAACAUGGCAAAGUCAAGCCCUCAACUUCCUGUUCCUGUUUCUCUGUCGCUCUUGCAGUCAGCUUCGACAGAAAGAGAAGUUGGGGAGAUCUCCAGAGACGUAUCAGAGCGCGAUAUCUGCCCGAGGAAAGCAGAGAGAGAUGUAGAGGAGCGUGGGACGUGCAUCGCUUGGAGAACACAGGACGUUGACGAAAGAGAAGACAAAAGAGAGGAAGAGUUGUUAGAGGAAGAUUACCUUCCUCCCUCUCUUUCUCCCUCCCCACCACUUUCAGAUUCAUUGGACGCCAUGAGCCGAAUCUAUAACCUCAAGACGGUGGGGUCCAGGACUGCAGUGUGUAUCAGUGAAAGGAAAGCUGAUAUGCCCCCACACAGCGGACCUCAGGGCAAAUACAACCCCAUCAGACAAGCACCGUCACCGGACAUCCUGCCAGAAACUGUCAAGCUGUGGAAUCAUGGGAGGGAUGGUAACAAAACCGAGACGAUGGAGUCGACAGGUGUUCAGAUGGUACAGCGGCAGGUGGAACGACUACAGCUGAGAGAACAGGAAGCAGGAUGUGGUUCCCACAAUGACAAAAAGGCACAGCCCAUCAUGGAGAGUUGUCCACUUGAAGAACCAGAAAUUAGGGUAGCUGAGGGUCAGAAGAAACCAGACAUACUCAGAGAGACGCAAAAAUCCCAAACACCUACAAAUCCCAGAUUUCCACAAGCCCAACAGAAAGCCCAAAGACAACCUCUUAAAACCCAGCAGGUCAGGUCAUUCACAAUCAACGCCCGGAACACUGAAUCAACAGAAAACUCACAGAAACCUCCAGAACAAAGCUCUCCGUCGUCAUCCUCUCCCUGCACCGCAUCCCCCUCUUCAUCUCCAUCUCCGCCUCUCUUUUCCAUUAGGAGCGCCUCAGGUGGACCAGGUAAGAGAGGAACGACCAUCACAAUCACCCCUAGAAGACCUACAGGAGCAGUCUCGUCUGGUGGCAUCCCAACAGUGACCCCUGCAGUGCCCAAAGCGGCUCCCCAGGGCCAUAUAACCACCCCUGCUCCCAGCAACACCAAGGAGGCAGGGAAGAAGCGGUACCCUACAGCAGAAGAGAUUGAGGUGAUUGGAGGCUACCAGAACCUUAAACGGUCAUGCUUGGUGAAAAGCAGAGGGACACCGAAAGCGGUGAAGGUGUGUUUCGACGACGCUCAGCUGGAGAGAGUUUGUGAGUACCCUUCAGAAGACUGUGCGCUAGCAUCCCUCCCUUACUCUCCUCACCUGGGGCCGGAGGACGGCGGGAGGGAAGAGGGGUGGCGUGGGGGGGAGCAGGAGGCCGAGGGACAGGAGGAAGAUGAGGAGGAGGAGAGCGCGGCGUUUGUGUCUCGCAGUGGCAUGAAUGAGAGCACAGGAAGGGUUCGAUUCCUAAAAGUGGGUCAGUGGCUUCAAAUUACAUCAUCAAAAUAUAAACAAACCAACAAUAGAAUUAACAAACCCUAUAUUCUUUUAUUAAAAAGAAACAUUGUGAAUAAACUCUUUAGGAAAUUCUGUGACAAAAAUUCAUGAACACCAGAUUUAGAAUUCUGUUAAUAACUUUGAAUUAUUGAAAGUCAAACAGUAAAUGAGCAACAUUCGCACUGAAAGUGCACUAGUUAAACAAGGUUGAUUCCCUGGAUGAAGAAAUAACACUGAUGCAUUUUUUAAAUGCAUCUUAAAUUCUGCUGAAUUACUACAUGUAGAUUUUGCGUGUGUAAACUAGUAUUAGAGAGCUUGGAGAACACACAUGCUUGUCUAUGCAUGAGUGCUUUACAAUGUAAAUAUAAAGCUCAUAUUUUGACUCAUAUCAGUGUUUUUGCUGGCAAUGCCCUUAAAGGGAUAGUUCACCCAAAAAUUAAAAUUAGCUGAAAAUGUACUCACACUCAGGAUGUAGAUAAGUUUGUUUCUUCAUCAGAUUUGGAGAAAUGUAGCAAUGCAUCACUUGCUCAGCAAUGGAUGCUCUGCAGUGAAUGGGUGCCGUCAGAAUGAGAGUCCAAACAGCUGAUAAAAACAUCACAAUAAUCCACACCACUCCAGUCCAUCAGUUAACAUCUGGAGAAGACAAAAGCUGAAACAAAUCCAGCAUUAAGACGUUGCUUCUGGCUAAAAUGAGUCCGUGAUCCAUAAUAACGCUUCCUCCAGUGCAAUUGUCAGCAAAUUUUGGGUGAACUUCCUUUAAAAUAGCAAUUGUAUUAUGUGAUGUUAUAAUAAUUAUAUUAAAUAAAAUUGUACAUUACCUGCAGUUUAGGGUUGUGCAAAAUUCAGAAUUGAAGAACCGACUGCCUUUCGAUCAGUGAAAGAAAGAGUGGAAAUUAUUACUGAAUUAUUAUUCAAUGAAACCCAAUACAGAUAAUGCAUUCUGGGAAAAUAGGUGUUCUUCCAUCCUGGUCCAGAAAAGUGAAUUUAAUCAACAUGAAAUAUAUAAACUAAACACAAAUUUCUAUAGAUGACAUGUCAUAUAGAAAUCUAUCCAUCCAUCCAUCUGAAUCUGGCACAAUCAUGCUUCAGUUAAAAAACAUUAGGCCUAAAAAAAAAAAAAAAAAAAAAAUCAUAAAA